GAGAAAAGCUCCUUUGUGGGCUCGUGAGGAAAGGAGGUUAGAAAACUACUCUGAGUCCAUACAACCGCGAGUGCUGUAGUAGAAGUAGGUGUUAUUACUCCGUCGUCCGGCUCCGUCCGGCAAGGGAGAUACUGUCCAACUUUUACCCAGCGCGUUUUCUUGCUCCUCCAGGUGAGCGCCGCUCUUUUUUUUUCCAAAACGAAAAGAGUAGGGAAAAGUAAUGGACCACGUACGAGAAUUAAGAACAAGCUAGCGCCGUUCGUGCGGAGAGCGAGACGGAGAGGAGAGUUAUUAGCCGGGCUGGAUAAAGAGACAGGAUGGGGAUGGACCUCAGCACUCUCCGGACCCUCAUCAGCAGAUAUUGUGUUGGUGAGGAGAAUUGGGUUGACAGCAGGACAGUCUAUAUUGGACACAAAGAGCCUCCUCCGGGUGCUGAAGCCUUCAUACAACAAAGAUUCCCAGACAACCGGAUAGUGUCCUCCAAGUACACAUUUUGGAACUUCAUCCCCAAGAACAUGUUUGAGCAAUUCAGAAGAAUUGCCAACUUCUACUUCCUCAUCAUAUUUCUGGUUCAGUUGAUCAUUGACACGCCGACCAGCCCAAUCACUAGUGGACUGCCACUCUUCUUUGUCAUCACAGUUACGGCAAUCAAGCAGGGUUACGAGGACUGGCUGAGACACAAAGCCGACAACGCUGUAAACCAGUGUCCUGUUCACGUGCUGCAGCAUGGCAAAGUGAUCCGCAAGCAGAGUCGCAAGCUGAGGGUGGGAGACAUAGUCUUUGUGAAGGAAGAUGAAUCAUUCCCCUGCGAUCUCAUCCUGUUAUCCUCUUCCCGGGAUGAUGGGACCUGCUAUGUCACCACAGCCAGUCUGGAUGGCGAGAGUAGUCACAAGACAUACUAUGCAGUGCAGGACACCAAAGCGUACAAUGCAGAGAAGGAGGUGGACUCAAUCCACGCCACUAUUGAAUGUGAACAACCGCAGCCAGACCUUUACAAGUUUGUUGGUCGUAUUAACAUUUACAUGAACAAUGAGCCAGUGGCGAGGCCAUUGGGUUCAGAAAAUCUGCUUCUUAGAGGAGCCACACUGAAGAACACGGAGUACAUUUAUGCUGUCGCCAUCUACACUGGGAUGGAAACAAAGAUGGCUCUCAACUACCAAACCAAGUCUCAGAAACGUUCUGCAGUGGAAAAGUCAAUGAACGCCUAUUUGGUGGUCUACCUAUGCAUUCUCAUCAGCAAAGCCUUUAUCAACACGGUGCUAAAAUAUGCGUGGCAGUCUGAUCCUAUCAGAGAUGAGCCUUGGUAUGAUCAGAGAACUGAAGCAGAGAGGGAGAGACAUAUUCUGAUCAGGGCUUUCACAGACUUCCUGGCCUUUAUGGUUCUCUUUAACUACAUUAUCCCCGUUUCCAUGUACGUCACUGUGGAGAUGCAGAAGUUCCUGGGCUCCUAUUUUAUUAUGUGGGAUGAUGAGAUGUUUGACCCUGAGCUUGGUGAGAGAGCAGUGGUCAAUACAUCGGACCUCAAUGAGGAGCUGGGACAGGUGGAAUACGUGUUCACUGAUAAAACAGGGACACUGACCGAAAACAACAUGGAGUUCAUUGAGUGCUGCGUGGAUGGGCAUGUUUAUGUAGCCCAAGCUAUCUGUAAUGGACAAGUGAUGCCAGGUGCAGAUACUAUGGACAUGAUAGACACAUCACCAGGUCCUGAGGCCAGGGAGCAUGAGGAGCUCUUUUUCCGUGCACUGUGUUUAUGCCACACUGUGCAAGUAAAAGAGGAGGAGACAGUGGACGGCAUUAAACAAGGCAUCCAUCAUGGCAAGUCCACUUCCUUCUACAUUUCGUCAUCUCCAGAUGAAGUGGCGCUAGUAGAAGGCAUGAAGAGGCUUGGCUUCACGUAUCUGAGACUCAAGGACAGUCACAUGGAGAUCCUGAACAGAGAGGAGGAGAUUGAGAGGUUUGAACUUUUGGAAGUUCUGACUUUUGACUCCGUCAGAAGAAGGAUGAGCGUCAUUGUCAGGGCGAGCACUGGUGAGCUGUACCUUUUCUGCAAAGGAGCAGACUCAUCCAUCUUUCCAAGGGUUAUAUCAGGCAAGGUGGAUCAAGUCAGAGCUCGGGUGGAGCACAACGCAGUAGAGGGUCUUAGGACACUCUGUGUGGCAUAUCGACCUCUCAGUCCAGCGCAGUACCAGGAAGUUUGCCUGCUCCUAAGUGGAGCCAAGUUGGCAUUGCAGGACAGGGAUAAGCGGCUAGCAGAGGCUUACGACAUGAUUGAGAAAGAUCUCAUCCUGCUCGGAGCCACUGCUGUGGAAGACAGACUACAAGAAAAAGCGGCAGACACCAUUGAGUCUCUGCACAAGGCUGGUAUGAAGGUGUGGGUGCUGACUGGUGACAAGAUGGAGACAGCAGCUGCCACAUGCUACGCCAGCAAACUUUUCCACCGCAACACCCAGAUCCUUGAGCUUACCACCAAGCGGACGGAGGAGCAGAGCCUUCACGAUGUCCUGUUCGAUCUUAGCAGAACCGUCCUCAGACAGCACGGGGGCAUGAGUAGAGACAUGUCUGGUUUAUCAAGUGACUAUGUAGACUACGGCCUGAUCAUCGACGGAGCCACACUCUCAACAGUGAUGAAACCAAGUCAGGAGGAUUCCAAUUCGGGGAACUACAAAGAGAUUUUCUUAGAAAUCUGCCGCAACUGCAGUGCUGUACUCUGCUGUCGGAUGGCACCUCUUCAGAAAGCACAGGUUGUGAAGCUCAUCAAGACUUCCAAGGAGCAUCCAAUCACACUUGCUGUUGGAGAUGGUGCCAAUGAUGUCAGCAUGAUCCUUGAAGCCCAUGUUGGCAUAGGUAUCAUGGGUAAAGAGGGACGUCAGGCAGUAAGGAACAGUGACUAUGCCAUCCCAAAAUUCAAACACCUCAAGAAGAUCCUGCUUGUCCAUGGACACUAUUACUACAUACGCAUCUCGGAACUUGUACAGUACUUCUUUUACAAGAAUGUUUGUUUCAUCUUUCCGCAAUUCUUAUACCAGUUCUUCUGUGGUUUCUCGCAACAGCCACUGUACGAUACGGCCUACUUGACGCUAUACAACAUCAGCUUCACUUCGCUGCCCAUUCUGCUCUACAGUCUCAUCGAGCAGCACAUCAACAUGGACAUUCUGAAGAAGGACCCAUGUCUUUACAGAGACAUUGCCAAGAACUCAUUAUUGCGGUGGCCCAUCUUUAUAUACUGGACUGUCUUAGGUGUAUAUGAUGCCAUUGUGAUGUUCUUUGGUGCAUACUUCCUGUUUGACAACACCACGUUCACCAGCAACGGACAGCUAAUGACAACCAACACACAGAUGAUGUUUGGAAACUGGACCUUUGGUACGCUGGUCUUUACAGUGCUGGUCUUCACAGUUACAUUCAAGUUGGCCCUCGAUACACACUACUGGACAUGGAUCAACCACUUUGUCAUAUGGGGCUCGCUGAUCUUCUUUGUGGUUUUCUCUUUGCUAUGGGGAGGAAUCAUCUGGCCAUUUCUCAACUAUCAGAGGAUGUACUAUGUAUUCAUGCAGAUGUUGUCCAGUGGUCCCGCUUGGCUCAGCAUAGUCUUGUUGAUUACUGCCAGUCUGCUACCAGAUGUACUGCAGAAAGUCAUUUGGAGGGCGCUGUGGCCCACUACAACUGAACGAAUACAGGAAGCUGAUAAACUCUACAAGGGUCAGCUUUCCGAGUUUACCCCCCUGUCAUCUAUCCAUGCCACUCCCAUGGGUGGCGGCCUCCGUCGAGGAUCUGGCACCCACAGGAACACACCUAACCCCAUAAGGUCUGAAUCUUUUACAAAAAAAGCCAUGGUGACACGCUGGCAUAGGCCACAGGACUAUCAUACCUUCACACCGCUGCUGGGAUUCACUGAUGUCAACCACACCUACAGUGGGGCGGGGCCAGAGACCUCAGUCUAAUUUAUUAUUUGUGAUUAAACAACAUUUAUAAAGCAGCACUAAUCGAACACUGCUCUGAUGGACAAGAGACUUCAAAGUUUAGCUAAGCUAGGCUAAUUUAGCGAUGCCACUAAGGUGGAGUAACAGAAUCGCAGGUAGUGACUUUUCCAAGCCAAUACAACACAAAACUUUGUGGGAUGGCGAUGAAGAGGACAUCAUUCCGAUAAGGGCUCAGUGUCACAGCAUUGCAGCUUAACAUUAUCAAUCGAAUCAUGCGCACUGGCCCUUUAAUUUUGAAGUGCAAUUGGAUUUUUAGGAUAUGUUCCUCACUGUACAUGUGCUCUGUGUCUUCAUAGGACUAACUGGUCAUGCCUGCGUGCAAACACAUUGUCCCGAAACACUUCAUAGGACACACUGCAACAGUGUAAGAAAGGUGUCUCAAGAGGGCCUACGUGUUUACAUCCGAGGCUUUUCCAUGUACCUAGUCUAGCUAGUGUCUAGCAUACAGACAUUACAAUGUGUAUUGUGUUUUCCCUGAGUACAGUAGACAUAAUAGCAUGUUUGCCGCCAGCACUUUACCAGUCACCUUUUAGUUGUGCACCUUUUUCUUUAAAAAAAAAAAAAAAAACAACUUCUGCUAGCAGUGGUAGUUGUGUGACAGUGUGCUAGCUCUCUUGUUGCCUUCACAUAGUGUGGUGAAUACUUCAUUGUUCAUAUUUACCUGCUGGUUCACGUAAGAGUAUUUUUUUAUAAAGCUUAAAGUAAACCUCGAGUAGCAAAUAUCCUUAUGUAUUCGAUCGCCACGUGCCACUUUCAACUGCCUCGUCUCCUGUUUUCUUUCUCUUUUUUUCUGCACACCAUCUUCCAGUCACUGUGGCAAUGACGCUGCUGAUGUCAUCAAGCCCACGUGACCAGCCGCUCCAAUGUUUCUCCUCCUCACCGUCAUGUGUUGUUGCCGCGCCACUAUGUGAAUUGAAGUAAUAGAAAAAGUGUUAUGUCUUUUUGUUAUCUCUGAACCAAAGCCUUGUUGAUGCUUCAGAUUUUUGUAGCUGCUUCCUGUUAGGUGCCUUGUGCUAGCUGAUAUCUCUGCAAUGCAGAGUGCGUGUGUGGGAUCAUCGCCGAGCAGGUGAAUGUAAACAAAUCUCUUCUCUAAACAGCACUGGAAACAAAUUCAAAGAACAAAAUGUUGGACCACUUAGGUAUAAUUUCAUUAUUUGUAUGUUGUUGUUUAUUUUAUUUUUUUUUAAAGAUGUUUUAUACAUUAAACCUAUGGGAGGACUUAUUUAAAUGCAAUUGACCAAUGUUCCAAACUGACUUUAUUUUUCUUACAUGAGCAUCACUAUUUGGACUUGUGUUGCUGUUAGUUCAUGGCAGAAUUUUUCAACAUUUGUACUUAUUUUCCUCACGUACCUCUAUUCAUGCCAUGGUACUUAUAUUAUUUUACUCUGUGGCGACAGUAUUUGACACCAAUAAACUGGAUUGAUAUGGACAAAACCGACUACGUGCCUGAGCUUCAAAAUUCAGAAUCAUCUUUAUUGGCCAAGUAAUGUUAAAAACACCCAUUGAAUUUGUUUCGGCUUUAAAAGGUUAAGAAAAAUGUCCUCAGUGUCAGUGGCUGACACUGCUGAAAAUGGUCAUUAUUUGGUGACCUGACUGACCUAUCUUUUGCUAUAAAGGCUUCUGAAGCCAUUUAGCUGGAUUUGGGGGGUCAGAAUGCAUCAACUCUACUAGUCCUGCCACUUGACCUGUGAAGGGCAUCCUGAAAGCCUUUAAAUAGAAUUACUUGUUGUGGGUUGUUGGAGCCAAGGUUUGUUAAAUCGACACAUAAGAAACCUCGAGAUCAGGGCUUCCCCGUGAAUUUUGGCCACCAAUUCAGUGGUUCCACAUAUACCACCAUGGGCCACAAGUUGUUUAAUUUUGCUCCCUGAAAAAUGGUUGUUUUUGAAAAGGAGUCUCAAUGUCAGAUAGCAGGACCAAACGAAGACCACAUAAUUCUAAGGCCCGAACUACAUUCCUAAAACACCACUUUUGAGAUCAGUAUUUUUAACAGUUUAUCGGCCGUCAAUGUGUCACUCUAUUAGGGGGCGCUCCGGUGUGAAAAUUUCCAUGGUGACUGCCAAUGACCCCAAUAACGAAUCUGCCAAUUUUCAUUACAAUUCGACACAUGGUUUGGGAGCAAUCAGAAUAUAUCAGUUUUGGCAUUCUGUCAAUUUUCUGCACUAUUGAAAGGUCUGCAACCUUGGAACUUCUGAGAAACACUAUUGAUGUCACUCUCUAUGACUGUGUCAAAUUUGGUUAAAAUUGGGCCAUUCCUUCUGAUUUUUUCGAUGAUACUUAUACUUACACAAAACCUACCUAAGAACACACGCAGACGUUUAUAUUACAAAUGUGUAAAUUUUCAAGAAAAUUGGUUGGGCCGUUUUAGAAUCCAAAGGGAACGAACGCACACAGACACACAUACACAAAAUUCCAUUUGUAUAUAAGUUCAGAUGUUAAAUUUUACAAAUUGUCUUGUAUUACUCUAGCAUACAAUAUGUAUAAAUCAACACAGACUCAAAUGCACAAUGCAAACAAAUAAUAAAUGCUAUGUUUGUGUCAACAAUUUUUGGCUACCUCACUUUUAACAGUCAUAGCAAGAUUUAUCUUUUUGGUGCUUGAAAACUGUAUGUAGCGUAUUACUUAUAUUGAGAUAAACUACAGCAUUACUAGAAGCUACCUUCCUUUCAUCAUGCUUAUAGGCAACUGUCUUCGCAUUUAUUUAUAUUGUAGGAAUGAAUUAAAUUGAAUUAAAUUUGUACUUGUAUUUUAUGUUAGACUUCAGACAGUUGAGCCAUUUACAAAGUAGAUCAGAGUAUAAGUAAGUUAAGAUUGUCCGUCUCAACUUGAAAUAUUGCGCAUUUUGCUACUUUGUAGUCAGAAAAUUAUUUACUAGUAUAUUCGGCUUCAUCAGCAUCCCAAUGGAUUUUUGUUCCUACUUUCGCUGAUACUAGUAAAAGCAAGUUGUGGAGGACGUAUUAUCCUAUUAAUGGUUUUCCACACAAAGGGCGGAGGCUGAAUUUGCCACAUAUCCAGGUUUGACAUGAUUAAUUGGCGCAACUUUGCACCCAACUAAAAUGCCAUUUCAGAUUUUGUGUUGGAACUGCAAUUCAUCUGCUCUCCACUAAGGAGCAGCACAGUAGUACUGUUAAAUUGUUCAGUUUUUACCCAGUUUCUCUUCUACGGCAAACGGGUUCAAGUGAUGAACAACUAGAGAGGUGUUGUUUGCAUUCUUCCAUUCUUAAACCUUGACAUAAUGGCAUGUUGUCCAUUUAUACCAACAAUGACUGACACAGAA